UUCAGUGACCCAUCUAAGAGCGCAAAAUCUCUGUUUUUGUAGUUGAGUGAGUAUUUUAUUUCCCUCGUUAUGGGGUUCAAUCUAAAUUAGUAAAGUCAAAGUUUUGUAAACUGAAUAAAUUAUUCUAUGAAUAAAUGAAGCGAACAUGAUGACUUCCACGUUGAUUCGGCUUUCGCGAUUAAGAUUUUGUGAAAAUAUAAGGUUAAAGACAAUACGAAUUUCUUCUAUGAAAGAGCAUCACUUUACUUCUGCAGCGAAGCCCAGGCAGCUGUCGUGCUUUGCAUCAGAGCCAGCUAAUGCCCUUCACCUUAAAGAUGACCGCUUAGGAAGCUUAGGAACAAGACUUCGGCAGCUUCUCGCUCCAUCUGAUGGGAGGUGUUUUCAUUUUUGGAGCUGUGAUCGGGGACUGUUCACACUAAGAGGUGGUACCCCCCCAACGCAGAAAACCUUGGAGGAUAUUGCGCGGGGCAUUAGAGAGCGGGAUUAUGAUAAGAUAGUGGUUAUGGUGGGGGCGGGAAUCAGCACGCCGAGCGGUAUCCCAGACUUCAGAUCGCCUGGCAGCGGUCUGUAUGACAACCUGCAGCAGUACAACCUCCCAUAUGCCGAAGCCAUCUUUGAUAUCAGUUAUUUCCAGCAUAAUCCCAACCCCUUUUUCGCAUUGGCCAAAGAACUGUACCCAGGGAACUACCGGCCCAACGUGGCGCAUUACUUCAUGCGACUCCUGCAUGAUAAAGGCCAGCUGCUGAAGCUGUACACGCAGAACAUCGAUGGGCUGGAGCGGAUGGCUGGGAUACCUCCUCGGAAGCUGGUGGAAGCCCACGGUACAUUUUCCACAGCCACCUGCACUGUUUGCCGGAAGGAAUACCCCGGCGAGGAGCUGCGACCUGACAUAAUGGCAGGGACAGUCCCCAGGUGCUCUACCUGCAAGGGUGUCAUCAAGCCUGAUAUCGUUUUCUUUGGUGAGGAGCUUCCUCUCCAGUUCUUCUCGUACCUCACUGACUUCCCCGUCGCUGACCUACUCAUCGUCAUGGGAACAGCACUGGAGGUGGAGCCUUUCGCCAGCCUGGCCUAUGCCGUUCGCCACUCCGUGCCGCGUCUCCUGAUCAAUCGAGAUCUUGUAGGGCCCUUUGCCAGUCGCUCCCCUCGGCACAACGACGUGAUCCAGUUGGGUGACAUCGUGGAUGGAGUCCACAGGCUGGUGGACACUAUGGGCUGGAAGGAGGAGCUGGAUUCGCUGAUGGCUAACAGCAAUCAAAAGCCAUGAUGCUCACACACACACAGACACACAUAACGCAUGCACCUAUUAAGGAUUAUAGGCAUUAAGGUGUUGCCCACCCUGAGUGGACGGCCUGCCCAUCGUGGGAUGCUCUUACACUUUGGCCAUUUUCGAAUCACCAGUUCACCUGAACUGGAGUUUUUGGCUGUUUGUUUUUUUUUUUGUUAGUUGGACUUGGGGGUCUGUAUCACAAAGCUGGAUUUCUUGCUUAGCCAGAUAACUUGUUGGAUUUAAGGUAGUACAGUAUGGGCUAAGUGUAAGUUAAUGAGGAAAAAGUCCAUUUAAACUGGGGUACCUUAAAUCCAACAAGUUAUAUGGCUCAUGAAGAAAUCCUGCUUAGUGAUGCAGUCCCUUGGUAGAAGAUUCAUGUUUAGAUGCACUUAUGUUCCUAUAGGGAGCGGUGUGUUGUUCAGGAGGCUAACACAUGUCCUUGGACCCUGGAGUAAGGUCCUUAACCCCCAGCUCCAGGGGUGUUGCUCACUGACUGACCCUGUGCUCUGAGCCCCCAGCUCGCUCUCCCCUGUAUAUGUGCCUGUGCGUCUCACCGAGAGCAAGAUGGGCUUUAUACUGAUGAGUAUUUAAUAUAUAAUCCCAUAUGUAAGUAAAGACCUUGAAAACCUAAAGAAACCAAGGAAAUAUUGUUUGUGACUAAAUGCACUUUUCUCAUUUGUCCUAAUCGGAUGUACAGGAUAUUUGAAUAUUUCUGUAUCUGUAUUCAGUCCCCUGCGAAGCCCUACGCAAGCGUUUCCCAAUCCGGUCCUCGGAGACCCACAGUCAAUCCAUGUUUUUGCUCCCUCCCAGCUCCCUGCCAGACAUUCCGCAAAACAUGGACUGUCUGUGGGUCCCUGAGGGCCGGAUUGGGAAACUCUGCCCUGCACAAUCUAUCCAAUCUGUCCAUCUGUGCUACCUACAUAUGGCAACAAAUCACCAAAGCAUCUUCCUCGGAGCCCCAGGCAGGAGGUCAUUGGACUGGCCAGCUACCUCAGUGUCUGAACCUGCCAUGCUGUUGUCACCCUGCGCACCUUAUCAGAUGGAAGUUGUAGUGAUUUGUGCAUGUGACUGUCCAUGAUGUGGGAACAGCUGAAGCAGCCCUGUCUCCGAACUAGAGGUGCCCCUGCUUGGUCCCGUCCUAAAUUAUUAGUAAUUACCGAUUUCCAGCAAGAAUGUUCAUCUCCUUCAGUGGCAUUUUAUUCAAAUAAAUGCAGAAUUGGUCCUUAUAAAUGUUUAAACUGCUGCUUUAAUCUUUUAUUAAAUCAGGAGAAAAUAGGAACGUGAGGUGACAAUUGUGAAACUUAUUUUCCAAAGUUUGUAUUAAACAUAAAUACAGAUA